AUGGAGGCAGGGCCCGCAGCCCGCCUUCCCGGCGCUAACGGACCCCUGACUGGACGACGGCGCGUGAGCGGAGCAGAGGCCUCGCCGCGGGGGGGGCGGGCGGCUGCCGGCCCUGCCGCGGGCGCCGCUUACCUGGGGCCGCGGCCGGGCCUGCUCGGGCGCCCGGCGCCGGCAACAACGAACGGGCGGCGGCGGCGGCGACGGAGGAGGGGGCGCGCACGCACGGACUGGGGCGGCCCUGGCGACUUAUCUGGCGCUCGGCGCGGAGACGGGCGGCCCUGUGAAAUAAGGCUCGGCGGAACCCGGCGCGCGUGCGCGGAAGCGGAGGCCGGGCCCAGGUUUUCCCCUGAAGCGAAGGCCGGGGUGGCGCGCCCUGCCCUCCAGGACUUAGCCUGGAAACCCUUCGCUGCGGGCUCGGUAGAAUCCGCGAGAAGGCAGACGCGAGCGUGCACGCUCCGGGGACCGCGGCCGUGGUCUGCGAAGCGUUCCGGGGCGCGGAGCGUCUGGCGGGCAUUCCGGCGCCAAACGUGGUUUAAGGCGCCUCGUCCCCUUCCUGCCACCCCUCCUUGGGAUUUUCCCUCUACCACUGUGAGAGUCCAGCCUGUCCUGUUGUCCUCAGUCUGCCUUUCCACCUCUGUGCUAGCCACACCCUGCCCAGAUUAUUCUGGUGGCCGUGUCUGCCUCCCUGACCACGUGUGUGUUAGUAGAUGUCUUCAGAUUUGGUGUCAAUUGAAGAGGGAACUCCAGAAGACAGUCCUGGUGUAUCAUCCCAGCAGGGGAAGGGGACACUUCCCACCUCACAGAGAAUGUGGGAGGACAAACAGCAUCCUGUGGGCAGUGGGCUUGGCUGAGUUCCCGGCGGUGGCGGAGGUGGCCGGAACGUGGUGGUGGCAGCCAGCUUCCUCCAGGCUGGCCUGACCCGGGAGCCGCGCGCCCUCCUUGGCUUCUGGCCUCAUCCUUCAUCUUCAAGGCCGAUGGUGUAGACGCUCCCAGACUCUGCUUCCCUUGUCGCAGCUACCUCUGAAUCUCCUCUGCCUCCCUCUUCCGCAUUUACGGACCUCAUGAUUACUUGGGCCCACUCAGCUAUUCCAGGGUUGUCUCCUCAUUUUAAGGUCAGCUGAUUAGCAGCCUCAACCCCCCUUUGCCAGGUAGCUUAUUCACAAGCUUUGGGAAUGAGGCUACAGACUUUGUGUGGUUUGAAUGCCUUAUGUCCCCUACAGAAGCCAUAUUCCUAAUGCAGUCUUGUGGGGGGCAGACUUGUUAGUCUUUUGGUUAGGGUGGGGCUUUUUGAUUAGGUUGUUUCCAUAGAGAUGUGACACAGCCAUCUGUAGUGAGGCCUUUUCAUUAGAUCAUUUCCAUGGAGGGUGAUCCUGCCCAUUCCGGGUGAGUCUUAAUGAGGUAACUGGGGCCCUUUAAGAGAGCUCACGGAGAGGAGGAGCUCAGAGAAGCUGAGGGGUACAUUUUGUAGUGAAGCUAAGAUGUGUAACACAGAGUUUGUCCCCAGGAGAAGCUAGGAGCUGACAGACCAGCACACUUGGAGAUGCAGACAGAAGGACGUUUGGAGAUGCUAAGCUAAGAGAUGAAGCCCAGAGUAUGCCCCGGAGAAGCUAAAAGAGAACCCCCAGACACUUAGGGAGAAACGCCUGGAAGAACAAGCAGGGAUGCACAGGAGCUGAGAGAGAAGCUAAGAGACAGAAGCCCAGAGACAUUUUGGGAAAAAGCCAUUUUGAAACCAGAACCUGGGAGCAGAGGACCAGCAAAUGCCAGCCGCGUGCCUUCC